CGGCGAGCCGAGCCAGGCCACGGCGCUCGGCCGAGAGAAGACCUGCCCGGACGGUGAGCAAAACGCGCCAUGGCGCAAACGGCCACAACCGCGGUGCCGCUCGGCUGGUCGGACCAAUCGUGCCCGUGCUGCUUCCGCCCGGGUGCGCCGCUCUGCGAGGACUUUACGCCUUUCGACAUGGCUCUCAAGGUUGCCGGCAUGCGCAGCUUGCUCAAGGCGCACUCUCUCGCGGCAUAUCUUGUGCCUUCGGGCGACGCGCACAGCAGCGAGUACGUCUCUGAGGCGGACAAGCGGCGCGAGUGGCUGACUGGCUUCACCGGCAGCGCCGGAACCGCUCUCGUGACUGCCGACAAGGCGCUCGUGUGGACAGACGGCCGCUACUUUGUGCAGGCGGCCAAGCAGCUCUCGGGGACAGAGUGGGUGCUGAUGCGCUCGCAUGAGCCGGGGGUCCCCACCCUCGAGGAGUGGGUCCGGACGCACUUGCCGGAGGGUGCCGUCGGCGCCGACCCGAGGCUCAUCUCCAUCGACUUUGCCGACGGGUGGGCGGCAAGCGGCUGCCUGCCUCUCCGGCUGGUGCCGGGCAACCUGGUGGACGCAGUGUGGAAGAAGCGCCCUCCCGUCUCGAGCAACGGCGUGCUGCCGCACCCGCUCGCGCUCUCGGGCGAGCGCGUCGCCGACAAGCUCGCGCGCGUCGGCGCCAAGGAGGGGGAGGGGCGAGUCACGAGUAGGCUCUUCAACUUGCGCGGCUCCGACAUCGAGUGCAACCCCGUCUUUCUCGGCUACGCGGUGCUCACCGCGUCGCCCGGCGAGGAGGAGGGGGCGCCGCUCGUGACGAGGGCGAGGCUGUUCUUGCGCGCACUCGACGAGGAGGACGAGGCGAGCAACGCGGCAACGGGCGGCACCGCGUUUGUCGAGCUCGCCGCCUACUCCUCCUUCGGCGCGGACGAGGCCGCGCUCCGGCCGAACGCCGCCGUGAUCCACUACCACGCCACGCACGGCGCUUGCUCGCUCAUUGACCGCGAGAGCGUAUACCUCUGCGACACUGGAGGCCAAUACCUCGACGGGACGACCGAUGUGACUCGGACCCUCCACUUCGGGUCCCCGACCGCGGACGAGCGGCGGGCGUACACGCGCGGGCACCUCGACCUCGCCCUCGCGACCUUCCCCUCCGGCACCAGCGGGCUGAUGCUCGAGUGCCUCGCCCGCGCCCCCGGCUGGCGCGACGGCAUGAACUUUCUCCACGGCACGGGCCACGGCAUCGGCGCGUACCUGAACGUGCACGAGGGGCCGGCGGGCAUCGGCGGCGGGGCGACGGACAUCGGGCAGGUGUCGGAGGCGCGGCGGCGGAUGUACCUCUACCCGAUCGAGGCGGGGCACUACCUCUCGGACGAGCCCGGCUUUUACCUGGAGGGCAAGUUCGGCAUUCGGAUCGAGGCGGACCUCAUCGUCGUCGAGCAGCCUACCCACUUCGCCUGGGGCUCUCGGCCAUACCUCGGCUUCCGGUACUGCUCGCCGGUGCCCUUCUGCCGCGCGCUGAUCGAGGUGGAGCUGCUCGAGCCGCGGCAGAGGGAGUGGAUCGACGCCUUCCAUGUGCGCUGUCGCGACGAGGUCAACGCCGAGCUCUUGCGCCGCGCAGCCGCGGGCGGCAAGGACGGGGUGGAGGAGGACCUCGCACGUUCGCAGGCAUGGCUGUGGCGCGAGACGCAGCCGCUGUGAGUCGGGCGCACCGCAUGAGGCGACACAAGAGCCGACUGGCGGCGUCGCGCACCUGCUCUCCGACCGUUUGUGGCACCGAGGGAGUGUUGUUGAGAUUCUUUUCAAUAUAUCCGUAAAAUGUGCCGU